AUGGCUUCGCUGGGCCUGGGUUUUGGCAGUGCCGCGGUGAGAGGGAGGGUGUUCGCCGCGACAGCGGCGGGGAAGAGCACCGGUGGAAGCGGCGAGGAAAAGGGGCUGCUGGACUGGAUCCUGGGCGGCCUGCAGAAGGAGGACCAGCUGCUGGAGACGGACCCCAUCCUGAAGAAGGUGGGGGAGAAGGAUGGCGGCCGGUCCAGAGGAACCACCUCCGUAGCCGUCCCCAACAACAACAACAAGAAAAACGGUGGUUUCGGCGGCCUCUUCGCCAAGAAGUGA